GAUGUUUGGCGCCAUUAAAUGGAAACUUUGCGGUGUUUUACAAGUAGCGAAAUGGGAACAACUUCAGCCUUCAUAAUCCAACCCAGUAGGGCAUAAAAAAGAACUUGUAUUUUUAGUGCAGUGAAACUGUAUCCAUCAUAACAAUGUCUGAUGCAUAAGGACCCAGUGUGAGGGAGGAUGGAGGGUCUGGAGCAGGUCAACUCUUCUGUCAGCUCUUUGUGUAAACUCCACACCACUUUUAUCAUUGACCCUGACAACUUUUGGGCUCAAAUAGGAUCAGUGGAAAAACUAGCAGACUUUGUGCGUUUGGAACAACAGAUCCAUAAUCACUGUGAACAGUUCCAAACCUCUGAUGCUUAUUUUGGUGCUCACUUCCCAGCAAACCAGCUGGUGUUUGUUAAGAGUCCAAGACAGAAGAAAUGGCUUCGUGCAGAGAUCGUGCGCACUGUGGAAAAAACUUUAGAUGUAUUCUAUCCAGAUUAUGGGACUACAGAACUGGUUCCCUGUACAAGUGUGUGUCAGAAUGUACCUCCAGAGUUGACAACACCAGAGCACCACGCUUUUCGAUGCCAGCUUGUUGGCAUACAACCAAUAGCUAAAUCUUGGACAUCAAGAGCCAUCAAAUGUUUUAAGGCUUUGGCUCAAGACAAAACCCUGGAUACCUUGUUGUUAUACAGUUUGGAUCAGUAUGGGACCAUGCAGGUGGCCUUGUAUACUGGGGAAAACCAUAACUGUCGGAGUGUAACACACCUUCUGUUGGAGGAGGAAGUUGGGUUGCCUUGGGGUAUUGAAAAUGUGCCGGAGUAUUCCUUCCAAGUGUUACCUGGCUGGUUUUCUUCGCAGGCUGUACAAGGGCAUUCUCCUCAGAGUGCGACGAUGCAUAAUGAUGCAGAGGAGGAAGAGCUGUCAGGGAGUGACACUGAUUCUGGGCCCUCCAUGAACUCCUCAUCCUCUGGACCUGUGGCUCGCAUUCCAAGCUUUGACACCGCAGCUAUGGAAACAAGCAAUGAUGUCACACUGGAAAUGCUCAAGAUAAAUGCAGUCAUGGAGAAUCAAAAGCGAAACCGCACAGAAUAUAAGCAGCAACUGCAAGAUUUAACAGCAGAUAUUGCCUCUCAGGUUCACAUGUUUGGAGGACCAGUGGAGCAAGAAGAGACUACGACUGCCACAAUUGAUGUAGUGGAUGAAAUACACAGUAUUAUUAGGAAAACGGAAAGCUCCACGGACACAGACCAUGCUGAUGAAAACCUCAGUGACAGCAAGUCAUCCAGAACAGAAUUGGCACACAAGUCUUCCCGUAGUCAUAUUUCUUCUCCCUCAAUGGGCCUAGGACGAGGCAGGAAUAAAAACAGAUCAUCAAGUAACUCACCUGUGCCGGAGGACAAAACGUCAACAGUUCAGAAUGUGCAUGUCAAAGCGGCUCAAGUGAACAAUGUCCGUGCACAUUCCCCUUCUACAGGCCGUGGCAGGGGCAGAAGUAAAAACAGAUCAACCAGUAACUCUCCUGUUCCCGGAGGUCAUACUAGAAGAUCUGAAGCGGACAGAAAACAAGUACAGGAUCCGGAACAAUUCGGCUCACCGAUUAAAAAAAAGAAGUCACCGCGCCGUAAUCAGAAUGGCACCACUGACAAAGCCUGGAAGAGAGGAGUGAUGAGCCCCAGGGAAUUCAAUAAAAGACUUACAGCAGUGUUGAAUGUGAUUCAAAGAGAAGGUUUACAUAAACACCAAGGAGAUUUUGAAGAUCUGUUAAACUCCAAUAAAGGAGAAGGCCGAAUUAAUGAAAUUCUGGAAGCAAUUCUUGACAAAGCAGUUAGACUGUACGAGACCUUUGCCUCAGUUGCUGUCACACUUCUGUCUCUCUGCCAAAAUUUUGAUAACUUUGAAGAAUGCCUGAGCUCUGCUCUGUAUAAACUGCAAUCAAAGUAUGUCCGGAUCCACAAUAAACAGGUGUAUUACUACGAGAACUAUAGUAAACUGUUGGGGGACUUGUUUGUGUCGUCAGCCUCUUGGAAUGACAGUGUUUGUUUGUCACUAAGACAGUGUGUGGUAAACACCCUUGACAAGUGGAUUUUUUUCAACAUGAAGAAGCGACAGCCGUCCAGCGAUCCUCUUCAGCAGUUGUAUAUCAUCUCCUUUGCUGAGCUGUGGGGGCGUGUCCAUGAGACCCUCCACUCCACCAUGACUGCCCAGUGGGAGCUGAUUGUCGAGGGGAUGAAGGAGAAGAUUGAGUCAGAUCAAACAUCCAGAGAUAUUAGAGGACAAGUGUUAAGCCUUUUGUUGUCAACUUUCAAGCCUGGUGUGACCCCAGAAGCAGAGAAGCGAGGGCCUGUUUGUAAUGUGGGGAGCCAGACCAGCUGUGUUGGGGCAGAUAAGACUACCCAGACACCUGUUCCAAACCACGCCCACAAGACUUGUCAGGUUAAUCUAAGCUCAGACCAAAACCUGGUAAAAAAGGCAGACGUGUUGCUAACCCCCGAGGAACUGAUGAAGGGAGAGGUGCGAAAUCUGCAGAGCCCAGAUCAGUUUGUGGUGCCCAAAUUUACACUGCCAAUAUCCCCAGAUGUUCUCCAGAAAGAUGCGCAAUUAUCUCCCUUGUCUCUGACAUACUCGCGUGGUGGAGGAGCUAGUCAGAACGAUCCCUUUUUGCAAAGCCUUCCUUCGGGGCGGGGCAGAGGCGUUGAGGGUCUGGCUUCCCAGACUAAACCAUUCUUCCAGCUCAUGAGCCAGAGUGAGGAACCUGCCUCUGUGAGGCGACAAGAAAAUAUGGAUAUAAAAAAGGUUGUUUUGCAUGGUGCGGCAAAACCACAGUUAUUGUCUCCAGAUGAGUUCACAAAGUCGAGUCAUUUGGCAGAUGGACAAGGUGAUUUUCAGCUUAAGAAUAUACCAGCUGAUUUUACUUCAAAGAAAAGUGAUGUUGAACGAAGGGAAGACAUCAUUCCAGAAAAUUUCACUAAUAUUAAUAAUUCAAACAUUUCUCCAUUACAAUUAGAGUCCCCCAGGGACCCACCAAACCUGGUUAAUUCUAAACGAACACAAGGUGGAAAGAAGAAGAAAAAACAGCUGAUAAACUUGAGCACAGGAAAGAUUUUGGGAGUAGAAAAUUCUCACACUCAGCUGACCAAAGCUUCGAGUGAACCAAAACCUUCAAGGUCGCCUACAUUUUCUUAUGCAGCUGCUCUCGGUGCCUCAAAACAAAGUAGUGAAGAGAAAGCUAAGACCAACAGCAAAUUGUCCAUGAAGAGCAUUGCUUUGGAUUUGCUGCGUGAACCAUCAGAGCCAGAACCUAGCCUCCCAGAAUCGGGAUCAAAACCACCAAUUGUUGCAGAACCAGUCACACUUUCAGAAGUCCUUCCAAGGGACGUAACUCUGCCAACAACCAGCACUCCUUGGGGCAGUGCUGCGCCCAGUGUUGCCUAUCCUGUGGCUAAUGAGGAGUUUCCAUCGCUAAAAGAGGCAGAAAAACUGAAACACCAUAACGUGAAACCGAUAGUGCCUAUUGAUAAAUCAGAUGUGGAAGUCAUAGCUACGUCCAGGGAACUCGUGUCUUCAGAGGGAGAGGAUUGUGAUGAAAAUGAUGAGGUUCAAUUAGCCAAGCCUGCUCCACAGGCUGCUAUCAGGCAGCUGAGAAACUCAUGGAAACCUGGGCAGAGGAAGUGUCUGAUCUGUGGAGAUGUCAACCAUCUUGUCUAUGACUGCCCAAAUAAGAAUAAGAAUUUCAUCCUGUCUUAGUUUAGUGAAGUCUUUACUUGUGACAGAUGCAUGUAUACGUGGUCAAAACAAUUGUAGAGCUCAUUUACUUCACAGGUGUCUAGGUAGAGAAACAGAAAAAAGGAAUUCGUUUGUUCCAAACCUGAGAUAACGUUUUGGAUUUCUGACAGAAUUUGGUUUAGAAUUAUUAACUUACUUGAAAAAUCAGUUUUUGUUAUUUUCUCAAUUUUGGUUUCAACACAUAGUGUGCAGGUUAAGCCUGUCCAGGAUUACAUGAUUUUCAGGAGUCUAAAGUUUGUGUGUGUAAAAGGAGAACAGAUCUUAACUGUCUUCAUGCAGGACUUCAUGCAAGAUCUGCGGCUGUCAUACAGGACAGGAAUACUGUGAUUCCGAGGUUCGGUUAUUUAUAUGCAUUGUUUAGUUUCAGGCAAUAUUUUUCCCAUUCAUGAUUGACUACGAUUGAAAGAUUUAGAAACUACAUUGUAUAUGUGAAGGAUGAAAUAGAAGGUAGACAGAUGUAAACUAUCAGGUGCGGUUUCGUAUAUAAAUCAAGAUGAUUGCUGUUGAAAGAAAAUUGAAGAAAAUGGAGGUUGAAGUUAAGUGUGUUACAGGCCAUAGUAAGUUACUUAAUCUGAUGUACCCAUUGAUGACAAAGUUGAAUAAUUCUGCAAAUGUCAUUUGCAGUUACCUUAUUUUUUGCUUGUCAAUAACAGUGUUAAAAUACAUGGAGCAUGUAUAUGAAGAUUAGAAUGUAUAAUACAAAUCAGGUUGGCAUAACCUUCUACUGGUACAGCUGCAGUGUUAAUGUUCAUCAGAUGGAGGGUAACUUGACUGCCAUUUGUAUAAGUGAAGUAUUCGUGAAUUAAACUCGUGUCAAAAGCCAAAAAAAAAACAACAAAAAAGGUUUUGAAAGUGUUUGUUCACAUGUAGUAUGAAUAUACAUGUAUAGUAAAUUAUGAUUUGAUUUGAUAUAGAGUUUGUGACCAAAUUCAAUCAGGUCUUGAAAGGGUCCGCUAACCUAAAAGGAAGCUAUCAAUCAAAGCCUCAUUUGAGUAAAUAGAGAUAGUUCUACCAACAAUAAUGAAAAGUACAUGUAGGCUUUGCUUUAAUGGAGAUGUUGCCUCUCUCAAGGCCUGGCAUGGCUGUACGUGCCAGCAAGAUCUGCCAGCAACCUGCAGAUAAUUGUGGGUUUUCACCGGCCUCUGCCUGGUUUCCUUCCACCAUAAUGCUGGUUGCCGUUGUAUAAGUGAAAUAUUCCUGAGUACAACUUAAAACACCAAAUAAAUAAAUGAAUAAAUAAAGUAUACAUAAAAGGUUGGUUAUAGAAGAUAUGGCUUAGAGGUUAAGAUAUCCAUGUUAUUUUGUUAGAAGAUUAAUUUAAUAUUUCAUUUUGGCGAAAUUUUUUCAUCAGAAGCAAAUCUUUUCUGCCUGCUUCCUAUGGAUGUUUGUUAAGAUGUCUGAUCGGGUUAUGCCAUCUCUUACCUUGUAAUACAUAUAUGUUACCAGUUUGUCUGCAAAUCAUUAAUACAAAGGCAGGACUGAGCUAUGAACUGCAGACAUCUAGGUGAGGAAAAUCCCCCGACACAACUAGUAGACAUUGUGGUGUACAUGGAUUCCUCUGCCAGGAUUCUGUCCAGUAUAAGUGAAAUUGUCUUCAUUGAAUAAAUGAUAUGCGGGUCAAACUAUGAUGCUGUGAUUGAUCUUUGAGUGUGUGUCUGUAUAUGCAUUCCCUGAUCAGGAUGUUACAUGGGAAAGGUUGACUGCAUGUCAACAACGAACCAAUACUUCCUUUAGCUAAUCAGACCUACAGGUGAAAGUUAAUUAUGGCGUAGCGCCACUUCGGCAAUAUUGCAGCCACAUCAUGGGCACUAAUUACAUCUAAUCUAUUGGAAAAACUUUGAUGGUUUUGUUUUAAUGUUACUGUACUGUCCGAGCUGCAUGUAUUCUGUGUAAAUGGUCAUCUCCUCCCGACAGGUCAUUGGAGGUCAUUAAACAUGCUGAGCCAGAAAUUAUUUAAUUUAGAUCAUUGUUUGAGUAGUGGAUUACAUAGAACCUGAUUUUAAUAGCUGUACCAUUGUACUUAAUUCAUACACAUGUUAUUAGCUUACAGUAUUAUGUAGAGUCAGAUAAUUUCUGUUCAGUGUUAAUACUUUCUUUUUCUUUUUUCAUUUCUUUUUAUUUCUUUUGUAUUGUUUAUAUGUGAUGUUAAAUUAAUAUAUAUUUUUUCAUGUCAUAGUACAUGCAUAACAAGAAUUGGACAGUUGUCUUUGUUAUAGUUUAUUUGUUUUAUUUGGUAUAUAUUUUCUUCAGCUACAUAGCUUGAUAUAAAAUGCUUUGCCAGAGUGGCUAAAUACAUUUACAUGAUUGCACACGUUCUGUUUGCCUUUACUUGUGUUUAGUUCCAUACUUCAUGCCUUAUGAAUGUGUGUAUCUUUUGGUAUUCACAUAUGCUAAUUGUUUUGAUUCUGUAGCAAAUUUAUUGUAAUUAAAUCAUUUGGAUGGCUGCAACUAAUCACUUCUGGUUCUGUAGGCUAUUUCUUAAUAGCCUGCAUCAGCUUCCUCUCCGGCUGUAAGUGGAAAGGCCUGUCAGCAACCUGCAGAUGGUUGUGGGUUUCCCCUGGGCUCUGCCCGGUUUCCUCCCACCUUAAUGCUGGCUGCCGUCGUGUAAGUGAAAUAUUCGGCGUAAAACACCAAUCAGAUAGAUAAAUAAAUAAAUAAUAAAUAGCCUGCAUCACAUGGCAAAUUAUGCCAAAAUUAAAAAAAAAGUAGUAUAUAGAACCCUUUGUGAGAGGAGCCUACAUACCUCUAGGUUUUGUUGUAAUUCGUGAUAAAUGAAAUUAUUGUUCUAUAAAUGGAUUUGCGUAGAUUUCAUUGGAUAUAACACAAUAUGUGAAGAUCUACAGUCAUUAUUUUUCAACACUUGGCUCUAAAGAGAUGUUUUAUCUGUUCAUUCCCAAAUUACCUGAUUUUGUGAAAGUAAAGAUGUUUGCCAAUUGAAUAAAGAGUUUAACAAGAGGGAUUGUUGCAUCUGUUAAUUUACAAGUUGACUUCUAGAAAUCUUUCUAUUGAGCAGUGUACAGUUUUCAUUGAACUGAAUUUUCAGUAAAAUUAGCUCAUUCAAGAAAAAUUUAGCAGAGAAUAUUUCUGUUCAUUCCAGUCUAGCUUAGGUCAAUCAACCUUUAGGAAUUACAACAUUAUUUUCAGUUAGCGGUACAUGCCUUUGAUCUGCCCAUCUGUUUUCAUCCAUGUGAUUUGAAGAUUGACACCAUUAUACCACUUUUGAUAAGUUGUGCAAAUUUGUUUUUGUUUUGAAAGUUGGCGUUCUCCAUUUUGGGUUUCCUAGGCAACAUAAUAAACAGUUAAAUGUGAUUGACCCUGGUGCAGAUGCAGGAUUAAAACUGUUUUCAUUGCUGUCGUAAUUUGUAGGAAGGCACUUAAUCUUUUCAAAAUUAAAAUCUUUAUUUUGAGCAUAACCAGAUUCUAUUACAAAAAAUAAACUGGUCAGUGGGAAAUUUUUUUAAACUCUUUGCUAAUGGAAAAGAUAGCGAUUUUAAAGAAAUUAAAAUUAGGAAAAAACCCUUGUUGGGUUAAUGCCCAUUGAACAUGUUUUAACGAACGCCAUAAUUAAUGGUAUUAUUCACACGCUGACAAAUUAUUGUACAUCAUCGAAAUUUAGCUGAAUUACCCGUGAGCCAUUUUAUAAGCAGUGGACGAAUAUGAUUAAUAGAGUGUAGGGGUAUUAUACAUGCAGUAUAUAACUAGACACAUUGUAAUUCUGCUGUUAGUCUCUACCUUUAUGGUUUAUAUACAUGUACUUUGACAGCUAGACCAAUUCCGUUCGUACUGUCGUAGAGCUGCCAAGCUUUUUCUGAUGGGGAUAAGGUAAGUACAUGGAUGUAUUUGUCACAAAUCAAACAUAUUGUUAAAAUAAUCACCUAAUUAAGUGCUGAUUAAUUUUGUGGAAUUCUGAUGGUUUGAAGUAUCAAACAGCACACAGGGGAAUAAUAUGUUCAUUAGUCCUUGACAAAGACCUUUGCAGGCUCUGAAAGUUAAAGCAUUCUGGAAGUGUCCAACCUUUGAAACCUUUCAGUUCUUGCAGUUUAGGCUGUGACUUUGGGUCAGCAGAUGUGCCAUAUACAGGGCAAUUGGGGGUGGUUUACUUCAUCAGACUCCAUAAAUCUGUCUGCUAGCUACCAUAUAUAUGUUUAAGUAAAUAAUUCUGGCUUAAAAUGAUCCCUUGUAGUGAAUGUCAGAUGUCAGUACUCUAUUAUUUGUUUGUUUGUUUUAUUUUUCAGAUUAAUGAUGGUAGAAUUAUGCAUUAUGAAAUGGGACUGCAUGACUCGUCAGAGCGAAUUCACCAUUGGUUCACGUGCAGUCUUCCGUAGUAUCUAUAUGUACGUUUAGUGAUGGAAAAAGGUCUUUGAUGGGAAUUCAAGAACUUGGGUGGAGUGCCAGUGAACUUAACACUCCGGCCCCUGACAGAGUGAGAGGCUGUAGUUCCUACUCCUCCAACGCGCCAUUAUCUUGGCUCUUGAAGGAGGUCGCUGGCUUUCAGUUCCUCGGGUGUGAACACUGCUGGAAACUGGACACUGCUUGAAGAGUGGAGGAAUUCCAAUUCUGUAUCCGAGGGGGCGUAAUCUGCUGGAUGGAUGAAGGGCGCCAUGAACAAGAGCAGUCGCCAGGCUCAGGCACGCAGUAAGAGCAUUGACCAUCAGAUAGAGGAGGAGAGGGAACGAAGAGAAAAGGAGAUCCAGCUUUUAAUUCUUGGUGGGGCAAGCUCUGGAAAGAGCACCUUUAUUAAGCAGCUACGCCUACACUAUGGGGACGGCUUCCCAGCACAGGCCAGGCAGGUCUUCAUCCCCCACAUCGUAGACAAUGUCACAGACGCAUUCAAUAUACUCC